AUGUACACACAUACCUCCUCGCCCCUCCAUGCAGCCAGGGACUAUGCUCACCAAGUGAUCGUCGCCAUAUCCCCGUAUCUCUUGCUAUGCAAGUGUGUGGAACAGCUGUUGCCACAUCUCGUGAGGCGAGGUGUAGUGGCCAGUAAAGUCAGGUCGAUCAUCCUCAGCCAGUCCGACACUGAAGCCGCGAGCAGCUUGGAGAGGUUGCUGAAUGGGAGGUCUCGUGAGCAGGAGUUGAGCAGUAUGGUGGAGGGGGUCUACUUGGCUCUGCUGGACUGCUAUGAGGAGUCUGGGAGUGUGUGGUGUCACGGCAUGGCUGUCAGUGGAAUUCAACCAGUAGUGAGAUUCAAGUUAAAGUUGCCAGACAUCAAUUUCGAUGACUUGGCAGUUAUACACCAGAGAGUAUCAUCAACAAACCUACCUGAAGGAGACGCAGCCAUGCUGACAGAGAAGCUUGGGCUGAGCAACUACGGCCCCAUCGUAGAUCUCAAGAAGAUCAUCCAGAUUGCUCCUGAGUUUCAUUACACAAGCUGGUGUCAGCUCUUCUGCUCAUGGGACACACUGGCGAUACCUCAGCCUGCUCUUACCCUACUGCCACAGCAACCCACCGUGUGUUUUGCCACAGCCCAUCAGUUCCACAUCCCAGAGUGGAGCUCAGACUACCAGUGGUGUGGGGAUGUGAAUGCCAUGGUCUCUGUCAUAGAGGAAGUCUCCAAGGUCCAGAGGAAGACUGGGAACCACCCCAUUGUCGUCCAUGGACUGUGUAAGACAGAGGGAGUGGUGGAUGUGUUCCAGGUGGUCAAGGCCAUGAGAGUUCAGAAACCUUGGGCCAUAUAUACCAACGUUGGAACAGUAUCAGUCAAUUUUUGAAGCUCUUUUGGUGUUCAUUGACUCAUUUGAAACAUACUCAUAUUUUACAACAUAAGUUUUUAUUUUAUCGUCAUAUCAGAUUUUUAUGGUGUUGCUAUCAUUAGUCCGUAA